AUGAAACAUCUAGCACCUCAAUGUACAAGUAUGAACUCAAUGAAAAUCGAUUGUGACAAUGAAAGUUAUUUGAAUGAAGAAAAUUUAAAUGUUAUUGAUUGUAAUAGCAAGAUGCAAGAGAUAUCCAGUAAAUCCAUCAAGAAAUAUAAUAAUAACAACUUAUGUACGAUUAGUAGUGUUAUUAAUGGAAGAGUUUGUAAUGUAAGAUUAGAACAAUGCGAAACAAAUCAAAAUAGUAAAGCUAUAUUUUCAAGUAUAAUUAACACAGACAGAGAAAAUAAAAUCCUAGAAACUGAAGACAAGAUAAAUUUUAAAUCUAAAAACGCAAAUCCUUCUAAUAAUCUUUUUACUUUGUAUAAUACAAAUAGAACCCAAGAUCAGAAAGAUGUAAAAAGAUCAAAGAAAGACUAUCAUAUACCUGAGAUAGAUAAAUCAAUUGAUAUAUCAAAAGUAUCAGAAUCUACCAUGUUACAAAGCACAUCAGAAAAAACGCAGCAUUUAAAUCAAAUAGAUAGAAGUAUUAAUGAAAAUGCCAAUACACAGGAAGAACAUAUGAAUAGCAGAAAUGAAGAUGAUGAUGAUUGCAUUUCUCUAUUUGCAGAAUCAUUUGAUACAAAUCUCUAUGAAAAUACAGUUUUAUGUGAACAAGAUAAAUUAAACAAAUCUCUACAUUCUGAUGUACCAUAUAUAAUGACUACUAGCAGUUUUGAUAAAUAUAUAAAACAAAAUGCAACAGAAUUUAAUAAGGAGUAUGCUAAAUGUGUAGAAGACAAUAUAGAAAUGUCAAAUAAAACUAAUAAAACUGAUAAAAAUGAAUUCAAUAAUCAAUCCGAACAGAUUACACAUACAGAUUAUAUAUCUGAGACUAGAACUAAAUCAAAAGUAACAGCACUUGAAACUAAAAGUAUGAAAGUAUCAAAAUGCCAAGGGUUAGCAAAAAUUAAUCUUAAGAACUUCCUCAAUGGAUACUGUUUUUCGAUAUUGAGAAAAGGUACCUGUUACAAGCAACAGCUGUGUAAAUUCAAGCAUGAGUUGCAGAAUCUCUUUAAUACAGUUUGUUCAAAAGACCCGACAGUGAUGCUAAAUAUAAUGCAAAAUGCAUUUCAUCUUGGCUUUAAUUUUUUUUGCAGAACAACAUAUGUAUUAUCAAUGCAAAAAUUAACUGUUAAUCAGAUCUUCACAAUUUAUAAAAUAUUUCAUGAUAGUCAUGUAAAAGGAAAAAUGACACUUUUAUCAAAGAGAUAUAUUAUUCAGAAUAUUAUUAAGGAACUGUUAAACCGGGGACUACCGUUAAAAGCGAUCAUGAAUCAUUUGGUAGAAUAUAUACCCAUUAACGAUUCAAAUAAUCUUAUGAACAUAUUAGAAUGUAUUGAAAAAUAUAUCAAACGUGGCGAAUAUUGGAAUACUAUAAGAACUUUAGUCUUGAGAUUGCCACCGGAUAAACAUAUUAUCGAAAAAAUAUUAUAUGAUUGCAUAGAGAAUGAAAAAUUACUUGAUGUUCAAGAUAUUAACAACAAUUUAAUAAGUAAAGUUCCUCCUAAGUUAAUAUCAAUAUUGGAUAAAAACAUAUUAGAACGCUUUAAAAGUAUAUUGACUGAGAAAAUUGGCUGCAGUAUAUUGAUUGCAAAUAAUUCUCAUUCUACGGUUCAGAAUUUCGGAGAAGGCUUACCAGAAACUAUUGCUUCUCCCGAUGGAAGUAUGAGCUUAUCGCAAGAAUCUCCAAGACAUGAUAAUACUUUUAUAAAUAAAAGUAAAGACCAUGUAAAUAUCGAAAUGAAUGGAGAAAAUUAUAUCAUGCAACCUAUCGAUGAUUUACCCGAUGCACGAUCAGUUUAUAGAGAUCAUGAACAUCUCUGGAAAUUUUAUGUGGAUUUAGAUCGAUUUAAAAAGGGACUUUUACACCAUGAUUAUGAUUAUGUUAUUAAUAUUUUAAAAAAUUACACAGAAAAACAAGAUGAAAGUCCGUUAUUUGUUCACUCUUGUUGUAAUAUACUUCGUACAGAGGUAAAACGUUCAGAAUAUCACUUAAGAAACAUCAUACGUCGCACAGUCCAAAUGGGUAUCUUCGAUAUUUUAGAUAAAAUCUUAUUUGACAUAGGAUUAAACAUUUUGAUCAAUUUAAUGGACAACGAAGCCUGGGGGCUUGCAUUAGGUUUGAUUCAAACACUUAAUAUACACGAUUUGCAAUAUAAUGCCGAAUAUUUCUUGCUAUCGGCUGAAAUUUACUUGGCUAACAAAAAGACAGUAAAAGCAUAUGAUUUACUUAAAUACAAAAAUAUUUUACGUACUAGUCGUGAUAAGUGGUUUGUUAAAAGUACCGUUAAUGAUGAGCAUGUACGGAUCAAAAUAAUGUACAUGUUAUUGGAUUCAUUUUGUAAUGAAUUUGUUGAGUAUGCUUUCUUUCUUUUUCAAUUUUUAUUUAAAGAUCAAAGCAGUCAGUAUUAUCCAAUAGAUUUAUCUCGUUACGUGGACAAAUUAAUAAUGUUAUCUUUGUCAAAAAAAGAUUCGAAUUUGAUCACAGAGAUAGCCAACUUAGUACUUAAAUAUACUUUUGCAUUAAGUACCACAACGUGUCGCGCACUAGUUUCAACAUUAAUUCAUAUGAACGAAAAUCUAGCGCGACAGAUGUAUAAUUAUGCAGAAGAAAUAGGUAUCUAUCCAGCAGUAAAGAUUAAUCAUUGGCACUUAACAAAAGAAGAAAUAUAUCUUACAUUUUUGCAAUUGUUAAAACAUCUUAUAAUAAAUGUUGGACAUGCGAUUGAGUUUGCUAAACCUUAUCAAAUCAAAGUAUAUCUUAUCCUGGAGAUAAAAUCGAUUAAUGAACAGUUUCAUUGCGUAGAUUUGCAGAAAUAUAAUAAUAAUAAAGCUAUUAUAAAUCUAAAGGCAUUAGUCAGAAAUGUUUUAAAACGAUUUGAUCCACCUAUAUUAUUAAUGCCAGGUAAAGGUAGAAUAUAUAAAUUACAAAGCAAAAGCGUUAUAAAUUAUUUGAAGACCGAACAUUGCAAUUAA